AAAGAUAUUUUGUUGUGCCAAAAUAAUUUGCAACAAAAAAAUAGUUCUUUUUCAGAAGAGAUAAGAGAAACGGAGGCUAAAGCAAUUUCAGUGAGAUAAUUUGUUGGGUUAAACAGAGCUCAAGAAAAUGGCAGCGGCAGCUUCCACUUCCAUGGCGGCCACCGCCGUGUUGAUGCACCGCCUACCCGCCGCCACCACUCACGCCGCCGUCUUCUCUCCUUUGCCUAACCGCCGCCGCACCCCAUUCAAGCCACUCAAAGAUCAAAUGAGGUCAACUCGGGUUCUGGUCAAGGCUUCUUCAUCGGACGAGUCAACUUUCGAUCCAAAUGAAUUGUUCACAGACCUAAAGGAAAAGUGGGACGGAGUUGAAAACAAGUCAACGGUACUUCUUUACGGAGGUGGUGCAGUUGUCGGAGUUUGGUUGGCUUCAGUUGUAGUUGGUGCAGUCAACUCAGUCCCUUUGCUCCCAAAGGUGUUGGAGUUGGUUGGGCUUGGAUACACUGGAUGGUUCGUGUACCGUUACCUUCUUUUCAAGUCGAGCAGAAAAGAGCUAGCGACAGAUAUCGAAGCACUAAAGAAGAAGAUCGCUGGUACCGAGUAAACGAACUGUCGCCACAUCAUCAUCUCGACUUCGGAUUAAUGAAUCUUUAAUUUAUAUAUGUACUAUUUAUAAGAGGUACUUGGUGUUUGAAGUGUAGAAUAGGUUCAUCUUGUAUUUGUUUUUCACUCUUAAAUUUUGUCAUAUUUUGAAUAAUAAUAAUAAUAAUAAUGUUUACUUCCAUUUUCUAGA